UCAGAUUCCUCAAUGUUUAAAUGCUCUCCUCUUUCUCCCUUCUCUUUCAUUUUGUACAUUUUCUUUUUCAUCUAAUAGCCAUAUAUGUGCAAAACCAAACUGGCGAUCAACGAGCCAGACCGCAACUCAGCCCGCUCCUCCCGAACUCGUCCCAGUCAGCCUUCCCGGACUCUCCCCGCUCAAUCUCCAAGCACCCCUCCCUCACCGAGAUUGCCAACCUUCACCUCCUCAUCCUCCUACUCCUCCUCCUCAGCUCCCUCAACCUCCAGCAUCUCCGGUGCGUUAUACUCAACAAGUUCGUCUUCCACCUUCUCCAGCCGAACCUCUCUCUCCGGUCUCCGCCAAUCCAUCUCUCAAAGCCCUAUCAUAUACGACAUCUCUGAGAUUCGCGCCGCCACCAACAACUUCCUCGCCAAACGCUACUCCACUGCCUCCACCUCCUGCUGGCGCUGUACUCUUAGGGACACUGAGACGAUUGUCUUUCAGCGCAAGUUCCGCUGGAAAAUGGAAAUGUCACAGCUGAGAGAACAUCUAGGACUUAUCAGCCGAAGCCAUCAUACAAGCGUAGUCAAAUUACUGGGCGUUUCGAUAACAGGAGACUAUAUCUACCUCGUUUACGAGUUCAUCGCAGGCGCAAAUCUAGCCGAUUGUUUACGAAACGCGAGGAAUCCGGACUUCACGGUUCUCUCCUCUUGGAUUUCGCGAAUGCAGGUCGCCGCCGACCUGGCUCACGGACUCGAUUAUAUCCACAACCAAAUAGAGUUAAACUUAACCCUAGUCCAUAACCACAUCAAGAGCAGUGGUAUUAUCAUUACAGAGCCGCAUUUCAAUGCGAAAAUUUGUCAUUUUGGUACUGCACAAUUGUGUGGGGAAGCGCAAGAGAAUAAGAACCGAAAAAAGAAGAGCUCAACUUCGACCGAAAUCACUGAAGCCAGCGAAAUAGACAAAGAUAAAAAAGAUAGAUCGAAGGAUUUGAAAAGAUAUAAUAGUGGAGCUAUGCAAUUCGAAGGCGUGAGAGGCUACAUGUCGCCGGAAUUUCAAGCCAGAGGAAUAGCGACACAGGAAUCCGACGUGUACGCUUUCGGUGUAGUGAUAUUAGAGUUGUUAUCCGGUGAGGAACCAUUGAAAUACAAGUACGAUAAGAGCAAAGGCGAUUUCAUACGAACGUCAUUGAUAGAGACAGCAAGAGCGGCGAUUGACGGUGGCGACGAUGGUGAUGGAGGAAGAGAAGGGAGAUUAAGGAGGUGGAUGGAUAGGAGGCUGAAGGAUUCGUUCCCAGUGGACGUGGCGGAGAAACUGACAGUUCUAGCAGUACAGUGCGUACACGUGGAUCCAAAUAAGCGGCCAGACAUGGGACACGUGGCUGGGAAGAUAUCGAAGUGGUAUUUGGCUUCAAAAACGUGGUCUGAUAAUUUGCGGACGAUCUCUGACCAGAUUUCGGUCUCCUUGGCGCCUAGAUGAGUUGGAAACAGAAAAUUUGGCAGUUUUUUUUUUUUUUUUGCUUAUAUAUUAGGUUUUUUUUUUUAAUUUAUUUUUCGAAAAUGAAAUUAUUGGGAUUUUGAAUUGAAGUUGUUUAUUCAAAGAAGGAUGAGGUUUAUCUAAUGAGGAUAGACCCAACCCAAACAAAAAUUUUUAAAAAUGUAAUAUAAUGAGCUGCUUGACGGGACAGAAGUGGAAUAAAUUGACUAAUGUAAUGCAAAUGGUCUUUUUAUGCAUAUUAAAAAAAAAAUAA